AUGGCUCCUAGGUAUAUUGGACCCUUCGAGAUAACAGAAAGAAUUGGAGAGGUUGCCUAUCGCCUUGCUUUACCACCUCAAUUGGGUAAUGUUCAUGACAAUUUUCAUGUUUCGAUGUUAAGAAAGUAUACUCCAAACCCCUCACAUGUGAUUCAAUACACUGAAGUCCCCAUUCAGGAAAACCUGACUUAUGAGGAGCAACCAAUUAAAAUACUUGAAAGGGAGAUCAAGGUCCUGCAAAAUAGAGAAAUUCCAGUAGUAAAAGUGUUGUUGCAAAAUCACAGUGAAGAUGCCACAUGGGAAUUAGAGUCAGAAAUGAAUUACAAAUAUCCUCAUCCUCAUUUGUUUAAUUUUCAAUUAGAUGUAGUACUUUGA